AUGCCUGGUUGGCGCGGGCCUGGAUAUGCCGGAGUACCUGGGAACCCUGUUCCCCCUGGUACAUGGUGGAUACCCAUAGCAUACGCAGUAAACAAAUAUCUUCGAUUGCUUUGCGAGAGAGUGAACUCCCUUUGUCCUCGCCCGGCAAAUGGUGUAAAUGAUAUCCCCUACUGUGCAUUCAUCGGGGCAGAGCUUUGGAUGCCACCUCCGGGGGCAUAUCCCGCACAAACCAUUCGUGACCCGGCCGCAUGGGAUACAUCAGGGUUAUUUAUGGCGGUCCAAAGAGGGAUGUUACAAGGUCUCUUUCGAGUUACUCCUAGGAUGCUACAUUCUCACGAAACUGCAAGAUCUAGAACGCUAGCUGCUCAGGCAUCUCAUAUAUUUAUGCAAGUGGCUCAUCUUGUUCCCCCACUCCCAAGGCACUAUAUUGUUGAGCAAAAGCUCAUCGGUCAAAUCUUGAACUUUCUUUCAUCGUACAUGGGAGGUACUUCUAUAAGUGGAAAUGAAUUCAGCCCAAAACAUUGGAUGAUGCGAACCAAUGUUUCUGCUCAAAAUCCGAUUCCAGGACCUGCAGCUGCUAUAGACGCACAAAACAGUGCUGCAAUGGUCUGCCACAAUGCUCUCAUGAUCGCAAUGGGGUAUCGUCUCGACUUUUUCAGACAUAUUCCUGCUGGCAUGACUCAAGCUCAGAUGAUCGCUAAUCGCCGGGGUCAAAUUGCUCUCGAGCUCCACCGUGGCCAGUUGGCUCUCGCCUCAAGUCGACAAUACAUAGCACCCAUGUGGCCGGAGCAAAGCGACAAUUUUCGAUACACAAGCGGAUCUACACAGUACAAGAAUCUCAUUGCCAAGCACUGCAAUUACGGAGUCGUGGAAGAGCUGUCCCGUCGAGAUCGCGCGAGAUGGUAUCGAGGUGUGCCGCCUAAAAUCGAUUUUGACAUCGGUCGCAGGAUAACGAAGGCUAAUCUCAUUCGUUACGGUCUGACGCGAGGAAUCCCCAUACAUAAUAUGCGGUAUGCUUCAUGGGGUCCGUUGCGGAAUAUCAUUGAAAAGUUCGAUUACAUGGCAAGAACGCAGGCUAAUGGCAACCCGGCUAUUAAUCCUCCUUCGUAUUGA